GCUCCUUUGAAAGUCCACGGGCUGCCUGACUGGUGGAUUCGGGCCCCUUUAGCGCGCUGAGUUUGAAACUGCUCGUCCUUCGCUUGAAAGCUGGCUCUGGGAAGCUCCGGCUGGAGCGACGCUGCCGUGGUAGCCGCCGCGGGAUAAUAAGCCGGAUCUGUCAUACCUAUUGAUCAAAUUACUAUGGAAGAUUAUAUCAAAAUAGAGAAAAUUGGAGAAGGAACCUAUGGAGUUGUGUAUAAGGGUAGACACAAAACUACAGGUCAAGUGGUAGCCAUGAAGAAAAUCAGACUAGAAAGUGAAGAGGAAGGGGUUCCUAGUACUGCAAUUCGGGAAAUUUCUUUAUUAAAAGAACUGCGUCAUCCAAAUAUAGUCAGUCUUCAAGAUGUGCUUAUGCAGGAUUCCAGGUUAUAUCUCAUCUUUGAGUUCCUUUCCAUGGAUCUCAAGAAAUACCUGGAUUCUAUUCCUCCUGGGCAGUUCAUGGAUUCUUCACUUGUUAAGAGUUAUUUGUACCAAAUCCUACAAGGGAUUGUGUUUUGUCACUCUAGAAGAGUUCUACACAGAGACUUAAAACCUCAGAAUCUAUUGAUUGAUGACAAAGGAACAAUUAAACUGGCUGAUUUUGGCCUUGCCAGAGCUUUUGGAAUACCUAUUAGAGUAUAUACACAUGAGGUAGUAACACUCUGGUAUAGAUCUCCAGAAGUAUUGCUGGGGUCGGCUCGCUACUCGACUCCGGUUGACAUUUGGAGUAUAGGUACCAUAUUUGCAGAAUUAGCAACUAAGAAACCACUUUUCCAUGGAGACUCAGAAAUCGAUCAACUCUUCAGAAUUUUCAGAGCUUUGGGCACCCCCAAUAAUGAAGUGUGGCCAGAAGUGGAAUCUUUGCAGGACUAUAAGAAUACGUUUCCCAAGUGGAAACCAGGAAGCCUCGCAUCCCAUGUCAAAAACUUGGAUGAAAAUGGUUUGGAUCUGCUCUCGAAAAUGUUAGUCUAUGAUCCUGCCAAACGAAUUUCUGGCAAAAUGGCACUGAAUCAUCCAUAUUUUAAUGAUUUGGACAAUCAGAUUAAGAAGAUGUAGGCUUCUAACAGUUUCCACAUGUUGUAUCAAGAACAGAUAGUUAUAUUUUUACUGUUAACGCUGUUCAUUUUUGUCUUGUGUUUUUCUUUUCUUUGUUGUAAAGCUUAAGCUGUACUUCAUCUUCUGUUUUCAAAAGUGUAACUUAAAAAUGUAAAUAUUGUUCUAUAUGAAUUUAAAUAUAAUAAUUCUGUAUAUGUUUGUAGAUCUCACUGUAACAACUAUUUGUUACUAUAAUAAAACUAUAAAUCUAGUAUUGAUGUCAGGAAUUGCAAAAAAUUUGCGUUAGCUUAAGUUAUCUCACACCUUUCUGCAGUCCAGUUUUCCUGUAUUGGAACUACUAAAAUUUGGGAAAUUGUGCUAUGUUCAUAGUUCAUCAUACUUUGAAGUAUUUUUAUGCUCUAAAUGUUUCAAUUUUCUUGUCAGUUUCUUGCCGUAUGGUAACUAUACAGCCUGCCUAAAUAUUAUUUUUCUAUUGGCAUUUCAAUUUGUGACCUAAAUGUUUAAGCAUUCAGAAUGAGGAAACUCUCUAAAUUUGGGAAAUGAUACUAAAUUUAUAGAGGUUUUCAGUAACUUAUAAAACUAACAUUAGAGUGUGCCAAAGUUUGCUAAGUUUUACAGUCAAAGAUCAAGGGCUGUCCACAGCAGGGGAGAACAGUUUAGAAAAUUUAUGAACUAUCCUAUUUUUAGGUAGAUUACAAAAACUGUUUCUCUAAGUGAAUUCUUAUGCCUUGGUUAGAGGCAAAGGAGUUGCUUAUGUUGGCUUUCAAGCCUGACUUAAAUAAUCUACUUGCAAAUUUUGACAUAGUGUUUAUUAGCAGCCUUCUUAGACGAUUUUAAUGUCUAAGUAUUUAGCUAAAAUCACUAGCUUCGGGAAUUGUUUAAUUAAUGCUGCUCAUUUAUGAUUCUUACUUAUAAGCAAUCUAAUUUAAAUUAUUCGUUAUGGUCAAGAGAAAUGUCUAUAAAAUAGUUUUAUCAUUUUUAAUGUACCUUUAUCCGUUGUUUGACCCUCUAUUUUUCCUCCUGAUUACCUAUGACUAGAAUGGGCAUUCCUGUGUUAUUGAUCCCUAUACCCAAUUGAUUGGAUAUAUAAUGGGUGAUCUACCUAAUCUAUGUUGUCUUGGAAUUUUUGCAGUCUAUAGGAGAAAGUAUAGGUCACUGUCUGUGGCAAUAGGACUUGUAAGAUGAGAGAUUUGGUGGCCUUUUUCUAGGUCCUUUGUUCGACGCCUGCCUUCAGCAAGAUAAUGGAGAGCUUGGAGAUGGAAGUCAUGUGGGGUCAUAUUGUGGAAAGUUAUUAAGGUUUCAUUGUGGGAAUUUGGUAAAUGAAAGGUCACACGAAAGAUUUAAUUGAGAUGGUGAAAUGGCACAUCUACAGACUUGUGUUUUAUUACCUCUGAAGGGUUGAAUUAGAUCCCUUUUCAAAUUGUGGGUUGCAGCCCUUUAGUGGUUCAGGAUCAGCAUUAGUCACCAACCCCCUCACCCCCUUCCCCAUGUAGAAUGGAAACUCAGUGUAUCUUGUAUAAUUACUUCUUGAUACUUUUGUUUCGAUAAUAUAUAGAUACUUGGGUGUUACAAAUGUUUGGGGCAUUGUGGACUUGGUAGAAGCAGUAUACCGCUUCACUGCUAUGGCUCCAUGGAGACUAAUUGUUUGGAAAAUCAAUAAUUCAUCAAUUUAGAACCUACUUGGUAGACUAGGGAAACGAGCUGGUAGAACAGUCAUCAGUCGCUAUAAUGAGUGACCUCUACUUUUCGUCCCGCUCCACGUGUUUGUGUGGUCCUAUGUAAAGUGUUUAUGUCAGCUUCAGUGACUGGGUGAAAGCUACCGAACUGAGUCCUCGUCUCAGGCACAUUUUUAAAUUGGCUUGUGCUAUGUGCUUCUGGUUGACUUUAAAAUGGAGCUUGUCUCUGGGCCAGCAGUUCUUAAAUCUGCUGUGUGCUUGAAAUACCUCAGACUAACUCUGGUCUUACCCUGAAAAUUCUGAAAUUGAAAAUUGGGAAAUGUAUCCCAGGAAAUGACUUUUUCACAAGUUUCCCAGGCUGAUUCUGAUGCAACCACUUAUCACCUGUUGGUGAUGUGUUUCACAACUUUUGGACCUAUAUUUAGUUUUAGUUGUCUUAAAACUUGAUGGCAUCAUGCAAUACCUUUAACUUGUUCCAUUUCUGUUCCAAUCUGCACUGUAGUGAGGGGAGAGGGCUGUGUAUUUCAUCACCAAUAUAAGGCAUUCAUAUUCUUGAGCAUAGGACUGUGACAAUUGCUUUUUCUUAACACUGCCCCUAGUCUUUAGAGGAGGGUUUCUUUAUUUUUUCAAGUUUAAAUACGUAAGAAGUAGUGAUGCAGAGAAGUUAAUAUGUAAUGUACAAUACAAUCUUACUAAUUUGUAUGUAGAUAUGGCAUAUAUGAAUUAAAUGUUUUAAAAAAUGAUAGUAUUUUAGAGUUGAGUUAAUAAAAUAGCCCAAUAAAAGGUCGUUUGGGGA